AUGGAAUGGCAGAAUGUAGUUUUGAAAAACAAGCUACAAAACCCGGAUUCAGAGCCAAUUGACUCUGUCAGCAGUCCUGAAACAAUACAAACAGUAAAGUCGCAUGAUUUAUCGAAUUCAAUACUUGUUGGCAAUGAAACUUCAACCCCACAAACCAUCCAACGCUCUCUAAAGGAAACUGUCUUUCAACCCAAAUCUCCAACUAAUACAAGAAAAGAUACUUUAUCAACUUGUACCUUGGCAUCUUCACCAUUCGACUUUAUUCCUAACCAAACACUAAACACUGAUACUCUCUUGAUGCAAUGGUUGGUACAGACAGACGCGUCUACAUUCAUUACCAAUAAAUUGGCUGCAUUGGAUGUGAUGGGCUCUACCAAAGUGGAUACCCUUUCUUCAAGCCAUACAGAGUCAUCUUAUUGUGUUGAUGAAAUGGGGAUUUUUUCUGAACUAGCGCCAUUGUCCCCUCAUACAGACAUUGAUGACAUGUCCAAUCGGUCAAAACCCAACUGUGAUGUUUACCCUGGUAGUGCGUCCAUCUCGGUGUUGAAUGAAAGUAGACUGGUGGGUAAAACCCCUACGUGCAUUUUACCAUUAGAUAGGUGUCAUGUUGAUACAGAACCUAUUUGCUCAAUUCCUGGUGUCAUUUCAAAUAUCAAAUCUGCACAAUCACAUUUCGAAAAUACUAUUUCUUCUGAUCAACAACUUAAUAUUACCACCACACAAUUUGAUAAGCCAUCUGUCGAUACCUUGUCAUCUCCAGAAUCAAAACUUGAAUUAACCUGCAUAGAUACCACACAUCAGAGCAUUUCCAGAAAUGAGGCAGUUUCUGCAAUAAAUAGUCGGAAAAUACCACUGACUAGAGAACAGGAGGUGGUCAAAAAAGAUUCUGGAGUAGACCUCACUGUUUCUCAGAAACCAAGCAUAGGCAAAUUUUACUAUCCAUUUGGUAAACCCAUUGCGCGAAAUAAGAUCAUGACUGAUACGCUUAAAGAAAAACUUCGAUCAAUUUUUACAGCAAGUCCAGAACUAAAACUACAAGCAAACGACGUACCUUUGUAUCAACAUGACUUUGUUGACGUGGCGCUAGCAUGCAAUAUUUCCCGAUAUUUCAGUUCAGCAAUGUAUAUUCGUGCUUGCAAUGGCACUGACGGCAUUACAUUUGAUAAAUUCAUAUCAUUUUGGACGACUCAUUUGUCAACAUACCAUACUCCUGAAGCUAUCUUGUUUGGUCUCUUGAAGGAUCCAAAAAAGUCAUACCUUACUCCUAGCGAUAUCGAAAUAGUUGUCAAAGAUGUUGUGCAAAAUCAUCCAGGCCUGAGAUUCCUUGAAGAUUAUAAACCAUUUCAAAUUCGUUAUAUUGAGACUGUUGUUUUGCGACUGUUUUACACCAAACCUAAAAAAUGGAACAAUCAAAUGACAUUUUCCGAGUUUCUCAAAAGCAGAUUUGUAGAGUACGUGACGGAUCUAGAAGCAUUGGAUGAUAUCAACAAGACGGUUGAUAUAUUCUCAUACCAACAUUUUUACGUCAUCUACUGCAAGUUUUGGGAAUUGGAUACUGAUCAGCAGCUUGCGAUUGACCAUGCUGCUUUGAAAAAAUACGAUCGAUACAGUAUGACCGAUUUGAUUUUAACUCGAGUGAUACUUGGAUACGGAAAAAUUCCUUCUAUAAAAACAUCUCCGCCGACCAUGUCCUAUGCCGACUUUGUCUGGUUUAUCCUUGCUGUAGAAGAUAAAAGCACCCCAUCCGCCAUUGAAUACUGGUUCAGAUGUCUGGACUUGGAUGGUGACGGCUGUUUGAGCCUGUAUGAGAUAAAGAUUUUUUUCGAUGAACAGUAUCAGCGAAUGCUAAAUAGUCGUAUGAGUGAUGUAUGGAAAUUUGAAGAUUUUAUAUGCAGUUUAUUUGAUCUUCUCAAACCUGCAUAUCCAAACAAAAUCACUUUGCAAGAUUUGAAAAGAUCAACAAGUGCUUCAUUGUUUUUUGACAUGCUAUUUGAUUUACGAAAAUACGAAACAUAUACUCGUCGUAUUGACCCAGCAUUUCGCGAACAGGAAAUGGUAUAUUUUACAAAACACACGGGCGAAACCAUUCGGCUGGAAGGUUUUGAAAAGUUUGCAGCAAAAGCUUACUCAAAGCUAUCCGACGAGGACAACUAUCAAUCACAAUCAGCCUAUAUGGAUUUUGACGAGUCGGAAGAUCCAAAAUGCAUUGAAGGAUAUAUUAAUGGCGUACUUUCAGCCGAAUGGGACGAAAAUCCAGAUGAAAAUGAUUGCGAUAAUUUUGAUCAAGUUGAAGAUGAGCUAGUACGUUUGCACUGUGUAGCCAAGGAUGCUGUUGGGACUACACAGAAGAAUGUAGUGCUUGCAAAUGCGAGUUUUAUUGAGCGUGGUGUCAACUCCUGCAACUAUGCCCAUACUAAAUCAGGAUUUUGCACCAAUACCGAUUUUGAUUUUGAAAACAUUGCUGGACUAUAA